AUGCCUCCACGGCUUCAUUUGCGGUCGUUGGGCCAGCUAGCGGAGCUACAAAUUUAUGCAAGACCUCAUCUGUGUGGCCGUUGCUCCUAUGCAACAGCAAGCGCAACGGUACCAGCGCCAACAGAUUCGCAAAUACACUCUUCCAGAUCACUUUCACAACAUUACCCUCCCAGUCAACCGCCAUCACACCGAGACCCCAAGUAUCGAAAGUCUCAACGAAUCCGGUCCUACGUAUCACUCCUCCAAACUACACCCCUGAUCAUCCUCUUCCAACACAAUUCUCUCAAAGCCGUAGAAUGGACCGGCAUCCGGCGAGAGCUCACGUCCGCACUGCGGAAACUGGACGCACAAUUGCUUGCGCAAGGCAAAACACAAGAGGAAUUGAUUGGAGAGUACGUCAAGCUGCAAGUCAUAAAGACUACUAUGUUUGAGCCUGCGCUGCGGAUCGCCGAGUACUACAAACCUGAACAGCAGGGCCCUGCACUCACACAUGCGCUGUCCGAAUCAGCAUACCAAGCCAUUAAGCCACAGAAGGGCGUACAUCCCCUGUCACCACUAUUGACGGGCUCACUCGCGAUCUUGACCUUCCCUACCGUGUCUCCACAGUAUAUCAAAACGGCGUUCUCGAUCCUCGCACCACAGGCACCUAUAUUCGCCGCUCCGCCGCGUCGUCUGAAUCCGUCGCUCUACGAACUACCCGUGCAGGAAGGACUGAAAAAACUGAUGCUUUUGGGAGCCCGAAUCGACGGGGAAGUUUUCGACAGGGACGGCACGAGGUGGGUCGGAGGUAUCAACGGCGGGAUUGAUGGCUUGCGUGCUCAGCUCGUCGGCAUGCUCCAGGGCUUUGGAGCUGGUCUUACGCAGACCCUCGAGAGCGCCGGCAGGAGUAUCUGGUUCACCAUGGAGAGUAGAAGGAACAUGCUGGAGGAAGAACAGCAGGGCGGCAAGGCCGAUGCGGCAGAGCAGCCUGCGAAGACAGAGUAG